UAUCUCUCUCUCUCUCUCUCUCUCUCUCUCGAGUCUUUGCGAUCCGAUUCGCCAUUAAAGCUCUAAUCUAGAAGUUCCUUCAUUUUCAAUUCAACAUUUUUUAAACUUUCUUCGUUUAAUAGUAGUCUCUAUUAUAUAUCUUGCUCUCCUUCGCAAAGGCCUCGAUCCAACUCUCUUCUGCCAUUGAAGUUUGAAGAAAAUCGCCUACCCCAUUCUCUCUCUGCUUCUCUCUGCAUCGGUUGCUUGGUUUCAAUUGGACUUCGAUCUCUUGUAAUCGAGCUCUUGUUUGAUGAUCUGAUGGCCUAUGAACAAAACAUCCAAGAACAUACAGCCCAGUUUGAGUCCGACAGAGAUGUUUCACUGAUGCAAAAGUUGAGUUCAAUUUCAGCUCCAACAACAGCUUCAGAAAAUGUGAAUGGCUGUUUUGAUUGCAAUAUUUGCCUAGACUCGGCACAUGAACCUGUGGUCACCCUCUGCGGUCACCUAUAUUGCUGGCCUUGCAUUUACAAGUGGCUUCAUGUCCAAACCUCCUCCUCCUCCUCCUCUGAAUCAGACGAGGAAACCAAGUGCCCCGUUUGCAAGGCUAACAUUACCCAGUCAUCGUUGGUUCCAUUAUAUGGGCGAGGAGCAUCUUCAUCAGAAUCUGAUGCCAAGAGGCCCCAACUUGAUCUUGUCAUACCUCGCAGACCAUCUGCUCAUGGGGUCCACACCACAAAUCCAAAUCAGCAGAUUCAUGCUUAUCCUUUCCAGCCAGAGCCUCAGCCUUCUCAUCCCCAACAAUACUUCCAUCACCACCCACAUGGCAAUUAUUCCUCAAUGACGAGCUUUUUCAGUCCAACGGUUGGGAUGUUUGGAGAGAUGGUAUUUGCAAGGAUGUUUGGCAGCUCGGAAAGUUUGUUUUCUUAUCCUCUGAUGGGGAAUGGAAGCCCGCGGAUGAGGAGGCAGGAGAUGCAGUUUGACAAGUCGCUUAACCGAAUGUCGAUCUUUCUUUUCUGUUGCUUUAUUUUGUGCCUUCUCUUGUUCUGAGUCUCCUUUCCUUGCCUCUUAUGUAUAGCUGUAAAAUUUAGGGAUUGAACUUCUGAAACUGAGUCUGGAAUAGAUUAGUUUGUUGUAAUACCUACCAAGUGAUUCCGGGGCGGGUAUUAUUGUCUUCUGUGAGAUUGUGUUGUCUCCUGAAAUUCAAUUAAGAUAUUUCCAUUGAAUUAUGAUUUAAA